UGGCGCCUAGCGGCUGGCCUUCAAUUUUCAAAAUAUUUCAUUUUCAUCAGUUGACUCAUGACUGCAAAGUUUGCUGGCUAUAAUAUUAUCGUCCAUAAUGCUCCACUGAACAUAUAAUAUGUUCUGUGAUAAUAUGGCUUAUGUCUAAUGUCUAUAUCCUGUCCUGCAGCCUGCUGGGCGCUACCGCUAGACAUAUUACUUGCUCUGUGCAAGACAUCAUUAAUUCUUGAUUUAAAGAAAUUAUAAAAAAGGAGAUCUAAAAUUCCUUAUUGAAAUGCCGAAAACGUUUUAAUUUACAAUGCUCUUGGAACCUAUAAAGUAAUACCUAUAAAAAAAACUAUAUAAAUGCUUUAGGAAUGAAUACGAUUACUAUACCAAAACCACGAAAAAGGAACGCAAAUUUUACUCAAGAGGAGAAAGAUUUACUGUGCUAUCUGGUUUCGAGGAGCCCGAUUGUGGAAUCGAAAUCAACAGAUGGAGAAACAAUUGCAAAGAAAAAAACGGCCUGGAAAUGUGUAGCUGAUGAGUUUAAUUAUAAUUCUCGUGUUCAUAAGCGUCAUGUCACAACAUUAAAACGUGCAUGGGAAAAUAUGAAAUUCCGCAAAUCUUUUAGAUCUCCAAGUCCCAAAUGUGUAAAAAAUGAGAGUAUGAAGCCAAAUACUGAAUCCAUUCCUAAUCAACCAUUACCUAUUUUACAAAAAUUGAAAGAGGCAGCUGCUGACACAGUACCUGAAUUUGAAAACUAUUAUGAUAGUGAUGGGCCAAAUUUUCUUGAAAUAGAGUGUAAAAUCUCACAAACAAGUGGUUCAAAUGAGAAUCUCAGUUUUAAUAAUACAGAUGGAAAUCAUACUAACAGCAACAAUGAUAUUUCGUCUGAUAUAGCAUAUCAAGAUCUCCAUCAACAUUCAUCACAGAAUCUAAGUGACAAUGAUAUGAAGAAUUUAAAUAAAGACAAUGUCAUGAGAUUCAGACACUCUGCAACGAAGAAGGAAAUAGAAAUGCAGAUAUUAAGGAUCAAGUUAGAGACAGAAAAAGUAAAGAAGCGGACCGCAUUAUUAGAAGAAGAGAAAUCCAAAAUUCUUCUAGAAAAAGCAAAAUUGGAACUGGAAGCCAUACGGAAUAGUUUUAAGGACUAAGUUUUUAAGAAUAGUAUUCAGUGGAAUAUUGUAGUCUAUCCAAUAUUAUUUGUUUUACUUUAAAGAAAUACAUAUUAUGUAGGUACUUUAAA